CCUCGUCCUGAGAUCUAUUGGCACAGCGUCGCCGCUAGGACGUGGCUACGGGAGCCGGGCGGGCCCAUUUCGAAGCACCGCUGAGGUGUUGGCAGCGGUGGCGGUGAAACAUGCACGCGGCAGGUUUGUCGGCGCCGGCGGGGACGCCCCGGCUGCCCUCUAAGCGGAGAGUUCCAGUGUCUCAGCCAGUCAUGGCUGAUCCCCACCAACUUUUCGAUGAUACAAGUUCAGCCCAGAGCCGGGGCUAUGGAGCCCAGCGGGCACCUGGUGGCAUGGGUUACUCCAACCCCUCCUCACCUCAGGAAGCCUUCCUGGCUGACCCUGUGUCCAACAUGGCCAUGGUCUGUGGGAGCACCUUGGCUGCACAGGGCAAGGAGCUGGUAGAUAAGAACAUUGACCGCUUCAUCCCCGUCACCAAGCUCAAGUAUUACUUUGCUGUGGACACUGUGUAUGUGGGCAAGAAGCUGGGUCUGCUCGUCUUUCCCUACCUGCACCAGGACUGGGAGGUACAGUACCAGCAGGACACCCCAGUGGCCCCCCGCUUUGACAUCAAUGCUCCAGACCUCUACAUUCCAGCGAUGGCUUUCAUCACCUAUGUCUUGGUGGCUGGCCUUGCACUGGGGACCCAGGAUAGGUUCUCCCCAGACCUCCUGGGCUUGCAGGCGAGCUCGGCACUGGCCUGGCUGACACUGGAGGUGCUGGCCAUCCUGCUCAGCCUCUACCUAGUCACUGUCAACACUGACCUCACCACCAUUGACCUGGUGGCCUUCUUGGGCUAUAAAUAUGUCGGGAUGAUUGGUGGGGUCCUCAUGGGCCUGCUCUGCGGGAAGAUUGGUUACUAUCUGGUACUUGGUUGGUGCUGUGUGUCCAUCUUUGUCUUCAUGAUCCGGACGCUGCGGCUGAAGAUCCUGGCAGAGGCUGCGGCCGAAGGCGUGCCGGUGCGCGGAGCGCGGAACCAGCUGCGCAUGUACCUGACCAUGGCGGUGGCGGCGGCGCAGCCCCUACUCAUGUACUGGCUCACUUUCCACUUGGUGCGGUGAAGGCCGCCCUCUCGCCCGCAGACUCAUCUCGCCGCCGGGCCCGCGACCCUCCCUCCCCCUUCCCGCCAAGGUGCUGACGUCGCGGGCUGCACGUCUUACAAUAAAGCUGCUGUGCUCGGUG